AUGGCAUACCAGAACGGAAACGAGUUUGUCCACCUCCCCGGCAUCGUCGAAAGCGCCGAAUCCAGCCCCAACGCAGCCCGGGAGGCGGCCUUGCGCAUUCGCAAGCUGCUGUCCGACCCGGUCAGAACCCCGAGCAAUGUGCAGUACAAUGCGAUCAUGCUCAUUCGCAUCCUCAUCGACAACCCGGGACAUACCUUUUCGCGCAACCUCGACGCCAAGUUCGUGGCCACGGUGAAGGAUCUGCUUCGGCAAGGGAAGGAUGCGAACGUACACAAUUUUUUGCGGGAAACCUUAGAUGCUCUGGAAAUGCAGCGGUCCUGGGAUGAAGACCUCAAGCUGCUUCUGGGGAUGUGGAGUAAGGAGAAGGGCAAGACGAGUAUCAGGACGACUCAUAGUCCCGGAUUGACACAACCGCUGGUGCAGCCAUACCGGCAAACGCCCAACUACUUCAAUGUCCCCAACCACAACGGCUCCUUGCCAUCGCCCGAGGAACUCUCCGCGCGCAUCUCCGAGGCCAAAACCUCCGCCAAGCUACUCAUCCAGUUCGUCCAAUCGACACCCCCGGCGGAGAUGCUCGAGAACGAGCUCAUCAAAGAAUUCUCCGACCGAUGUCGCACCGCCUCCCGCGCCGUCCAGAACUACAUCCACUCCACAAACCCUACCCCCGACGAGGAUACCCUGGUGACGUUGAUCGAAACGAACGAUGAGCUGUCCGUGGCCCUGUCCAAGCACCAGCACGCGCUGCUCCAGGCGCGCCGAACCCAAGGCCAACCAGGCAGCCAGUCGCCUGCCUCAUCAAGCCAGGUCUCGGCUUCCGGCUCCGUGCAACCAGCACCACCACUGCCCCCAGCACCGCCCGUCCCGCCCCGAGACACACAAAGUCCUCUGUCCUCGGGCUCCUCAACGGCCCCGACGGUUCCGCGGACCUACAGCAACGGAGCCGGCCGGUACGAGUACCGCUCGGAGGAUUUCCAAGUGCAGAACCCAUUUGCGGAUACCAGCGGGACGGCAACACCUUUGCUGCAUGGGGAGAAUUCUCGUGGGGAGGGUUCAUCUACCGACUGGUGGCCGGAGGGCCAGCAGCAGCAGCAACCGCGACCGGUGCAGCAUUUCUGA